AUGCCUGAUUUCAAGGGACUGGACUUGACUGGCAAGACUGCCAUCGUCACCGGUGCUUCUAGAGGAAUCGGUGCUGCUAUCGCUAUCCAGCUAGGCCAGCGUGGCGCCAAUGUGGUCGUCAACUACACCAACGAUAAGAGCGAGCGAAAAGCCACAGAGGUUGUAAAUAAGAUCGAGGCCGCAGGUUCCCGAGCAACGCUUUGUCAAGCAAGUGUAGCAAACGUGAACGACAUUCCCAAGAUUGUCGAUGCAGCGUUGCGGCUAAGCCAGACUGGAAAGAUUGACAUUUUGAUCCAUAAUGCCGCCUUGGGAGUUGACGCGAACCUUGAAGAUGUCACACAAGAGUUGUUCCAAACACACUUCGACACCAAUGUCAAGGGACCCAUCUUCCUCACCAAGGCAGUUAUCCGUCAUAUUUCCAGAGGCGGUCGUGUCGUAUUCGUUUCUUCAGCUGCUGCUCGUCUUGGUGUCGCUGGCCAGACAGUCUACGGAGCGACAAAGGCUGCAAAUGAGUCUUGCGCCCGGGUUUGGGCAAAGGAGCUUGGACAAUCUCACGGAAUCACCGUCAACUGUGUGAAUCCAGGCCCUGUUGCGACGGAUCAGUGGCAGGAAAGUGAUGAGCAGUUCAGACAAGACAUGCAACCACUUAUUGAGUCUACUCCUGCUGCAGCGAGGAUUGCCGAGGUGGACGAUAUCGCGCCUCUUGUUGCUUUUCUCUGCAGCGAAGAUGCGCGAUGGACUACGGGCUCGGUUCUUUGCGCCAAUGGUGGGCUUUAUAAUUGA